AUGAAUCAAAAACAUGUACAAAUGGUGCAUGGUCAUUUAUCAAAAAAACAUUUUGAUGGUGCUAAACAUAGAACAAAAUCAACAGCAGCUCUUAGUGAAAAUCAACCAAAUGAGCGUACCACUACCAUCGCACGUAAUUUGGAAAAAUUACGUUUGGAAGUAAUAAGAACUGAAGCACGCGUCAAUUUUCUACAAGAAUGUAAGAAAAACAAUAUAAUACCAAGAGGAAUGAUAAUAAAAAGUAAUUAUAAUAUCUACAAGAAUAACAAAUUACUGAGUGAAACAAUGAACAAAAUUAGAGAUAAUACACUUGCAUGGAGACUUAAACAGUUAAGAUCAUAUCAAAUUAAUGCCAACACUCAAAUUUCAAUUCUCAAAUAUUAUAUAGAUACGGAACAAUCACAACGAGAUCAUUCUAAUGCUUUAUCAUGGAUGAUCAAGAAGGUAAAUAAGAUACGAGAUGAAUUAAAAAUAAAACAUGAAAAGAAACUGAAUUAUUUAAUUGAUCAUUUGAAACGUCAUCCGUCUCUUUCUGCACCAAAUAAUAACAACAACAAGUUUGAUAAUAAAAAUACUUACGUAGUGAAUAAUUCCAACAAAACAUUAACUGAACAACAAUUAAAUGUACUAGAAAAAGGUUUAAAAUAUGUACCUACGCCAAAAUCUAUUGAUCUAGUCGAUAUCAUCACUAAUGUCGAAACUUCUCUCAAAUUAACCCCGAAGAUUCUAAAACAAGUAGCAAUAUCUGAAGUCACUGAAUUCGUUCAAAAAUGA